AUGUCCGCAUCGGAGCCCUUCACCCUCUUUCACAAGUUUCCCCCGGAGCUCAAACUCGACAUCCUAAGCUUCUGCACCAGAAACGACCUAGUCUGCCUCUCACUAACCGGCCCAGACAUGCGAAAUCUCGUCGCACCACUCAUCCCCAGCAAACCUAAUCUCACAUGGGUCGAUCAGCUGGGUCCAACACCAGACAUCCCUUCAGAAUGCCAUGAUCCACACCGUAAUAACACCCUCCGCCGUCAAGAUUGCGUCGGCGCAAGAGACCAACAAGUCGUCUACUCCCCAAUAAGCCAUCGCUUCAGACGCCAUGAAUACAGAGGAAAAAUCUGCUACAGAUGUCGAAACUACCCAUCCGCCCACCCAGUCUGCAAUGUUCCAUACUGCAAGAAGCAUUGUGCAUGCAUUUCGUGUCCUUUGUUCAUGAGAUUGCGGGGUUGGAUGGGUGAUCGCAAGUACUGUGCGGAGUGCAAUCAAUUCACCACUCGAACAAAGAGAAACAAUGGAAGAUUACAGGCACUCACGGGCGGAAAAAGGUGA